UGCUUGUCCUCCUCCUUCGUUGAAAAUGAUGAUGGCAUCGGCAACUACCUCACAUGUGAGGUCCAUUAUAAAUACCCACAUUCAUGGAAACUAAUUCACUCUCACCUCUCUACUUACUCCACCACAGCUUGCUUCACCCUUCACCUUAGCCCCCCAUUUCUGUGCGAAAAUGGCUUUGAAAUCCUUCAUCCAUGUCCAUCCCGACUCCCAUUUCCCCAUCCAAAACCUUCCUUACGGAGCAUUCAAAACCCAUUCUACUACACUCCCCCGUCUCGGCGUCGCAAUCGGUGACUACGUUUUGGACCUCUCCGAGAUCGCUAAAUCCGGUCUGUUCAACAGCCCUUUACUCGCCGGUUCCGAUUGCUUCCUUCAGCCUACUUUGAACAAAUUUUUAGCUAUGGGACGACCUGCUUGGAAAGAAGCACGUGAUUCUCUUCAAAAGCUAUUGUCAUCUACAGAACCAGCCUUGCGUGAUAAUAUGGAGUUGAGGCAGAAAGCACUGGUGCCAAUGAGCGAAGUGGAAAUGGUUCUUCCUAUGGAAAUUGGAGAUUACACAGACUUCUUUUCAUCAAUGCAUCAUGCUAAGAACUGUGGAACCAUAUUUGUUGGACCUAAAAACCCCAUUGCACCUAACUGGUUCCGUCUUCCUAUUGCAUAUCAUGGACGAGCAUCUUCGGUUGUCAUCUCUGGAACUGAUAUUAUUAGACCAAGGGGUCAAGGGCAUCCAACUGGUAACUCUACACCAUAUUUUGGUCCUUCACUGAAGCUAGAUUUUGAACUUGAAAUGGGUACUGUAGUUGGUCCAGGAAAUGAAUUAGGAAAAACUAUAGAUGUUAAUGAGGCUGCAGAUCAUAUCUUUGGUGUUGUCUUGAUGAACGAUUGGAGCGCUCGAGAUAUUCAGGCAUGGGAAUAUGUUCCUCUUGGACCCUUUCUUGGAAAGAGUUUUGGUACUACAAUAUCACCUUGGAUUGUGACCCUAGAUGCUCUACAGCCUUUCGCAUGUGAUGCUCCUAAGCAGGAUCCCCCUCCACUGCCAUAUUUGGCUGAGAAGACAUCCAAAAAUUAUGAUAUUGCAUUGGAGGUUCAAAUUAAACCUUCUGGACAAAAGGAUUCAAGUGUGGUUACAAGAAGUAAUCUCAAGAACCUAUAUUGGACAUUGACUCAACAGCUAGCACACCAUACAAUCAAUGGUUGCAACCUGAGGCCUGGUGAUCUGCUUGGAACUGGGACCAUUAGUGGGCCUGAGCCAGAUUCUCUUGGGUGUUUGCUGGAACUAACAUGGAAUGGACAGAAAGCAUUGUCGUUAAAUGGGACAACCCGAAAGUUCUUGGAAGAUGGGGAUGAAGUAAUCUUCACUGGUUGCUGCAAGGGUGAUGGUUACAACGUCGGUUUCGGAACCUGCACCGGUAAGGUUGUUCCACCACGAGAUUGAGGACACUGUUGUUUUUAGAGACAAAAAAGAGCCGAGUAGUUUGCUGCUGCCAUUGUUGGUCUUCAGUAGAAAUUAUCAUAACUGAAUUGGUGGUCUUUCUUGUUGUACACCUGUUGUUUAGAAUGUUUAGUUGUUUGUAAACCCCUCAAUGUCUGUUGAAACCUGGAAUUGCUCAAUGUGUCAAGCAUUCAUUAGGCUGUAUGAAUAUUUUUGUUUUAAAUAAGUAAACUCGUGUCGAAUAUUCAUUAAA